AUGGCACCAGAUGAGUACUCCACUGGAGGCGGGGGCAAGCUCAAGCUGAAAGGUAGCAAGGUGGGCGGUGGGCGGGUGGAGAAGAAAAAGAAGAAGAAGGCGAAGAAGGAGGGGGACGAGCAGGUUGAUCCGGUUCAGCGCCAGGAGAACGGCGAGGCAGAUGCCGAACGGUCGGUCUCGCGUGAGCGAGAUGGGGAGCCGGGUUCGUCUGCAAAGACAGAGACCGAGAAGAAGUAUGAGGAGAUUCGGCGGAAACGGUUACAUGAGCGGCUCCAGAAAGAGGGGACCAAGACGCACAAGGAGCGAGUGGAAGAGUUGAACAAGUACCUCAGCCGGCUGAGUGAGCACCAUGACAUGUAUGCCUCCCUGAUUCCUUACGAUCGUCCGUGUGUAGAGCUGACCCGUUGGAUAGGCCGAAGAUUGGUCCCGGUUAAGACCUGGUGGAAUGCGCAGGAUCCCGUGACGGCAGGCCAUGGGGAAGGGAGCGGAGGAAGUCAGGCGGAUGUUCGCUCCUUCCAGUCCCACUGA